AUGGUCUCGGAAACCACCCCUCUUCAGAGACCCGAUGGCUACGAGGACGAGGAUUUCAGUCCAUUUGAGCGGCUUAUGAUCCGCAUCGGAUCCUCCAGACGGCUGCUCUGGGGGCUCGGACUGAUAAUUGGACUGCCAAUUGUAUACUUUAUGAUGGUCUUCUUGCCUAGUCUAGCACCCCCGUCCGCAGACGUCCCGGACUUGAUCAAAGUUGGAAAACUGCCCGUUUAUCUACACCCCUUGAUACCUCCAGAGAAUCGUGAAAUGGCGGAUCAUGAGAAAUUUAAUGACAACUUCAACGACCCCGAGUCGCCUAUUACAAACGUGCCCAGUUUCGAGAAAUGGGGCCUGCUGGACAAGGAUUCCAAAUUAUUCAGGAGACAUUUUCGGAAGCUGCAGGCUGCAGCUUCCCAAAGGCCCGCUAAACGACUCAUUCUCAUUGGAGACGUUCACGGCUCGCUGAUCGAGCUGCAGAAACUCUUGAAACACGUUAAAUAUGACGGCGGACGCCACGAUCACGUUCUCUUGCUAGGCGAUUUCCUGGCCAAAGGCAAGAACUCGCUCGGGGUGCUGGAAUACGCCAUCCAGAACCGCAUCGACUGCAUUUUGGGCAACCAUGAAUGGGAGAUUCUGAAACGGUAUGUGCAGUACCACGGACUGCCGAGCGUCGGCUUUAACGAGUCGAAAAACGAGUUUAGAGCAGCAGAACAGUACGACUUGGACGAGCAGAUGCGGAUUGCAAAACGGCUCAUGCCUGAACACAUUGAGUAUAUUUCCAAGUGUCCGCUAAUUAAAGAGUUGGGCCCUGUUCCGAGAACGACGAACAAAAAAGGGACGAAAUAUGCCUUCAAGCCGGCAACCGGAGUAGCCGUCCACGGCGGACUGGUCUGGAACAUCGAAACCCUGCAAGAACAGGAUCCAGAGGCAGUUCUGACUAUUCGCGAUCUGCUGCCUCCAGACUAUAUCAUUCCGACUGAAAACCGUCACGAGGUGGUCAACGGAGAGAAAUCCAAGCCAUGGACACGAUUCUGGACACGGCGCCAGCAUGAGGUGGCUGCAAACGCGAGCGAGGACGCGUUGACUGCCGGGACAAAAGUGUACUACGGGCACGAUGCCAAAAGAGGCGUGCGUUUCCGUGAGUUUAGCACGGGGCUGGACUCUGGCUCAGCGCGGAAAUAAUCUGGAGCGAGGUGGUGAGUACGGAGAACGAAGAACGCAUAGUUUACAGAAAUCUGUUCACCCAGGUCAACUGCUAAGGCCAAUUAAUGGACUAUAGUUCGAUAUCGUACUUAUCAACCAGCUGGACAAGCGCGGCCAAUACGUCCUUCUGGCUGGCAGAGUCGUACACUUUGAGAAACGGUCGAAUCAUGGCAGCCGUCGGCUUGAUUGAAUGUUGGAGCGUGACGCCGUGAAGAUGCACGAAAUUGGACACCAGAUAAUCCAGAAUGAUGGUCUGGGUUUCAGAAAGAGUGUCGUGCGUUUCGAGCGUCGGGUUGAUUUCAUACACAUGGCACGUUUGAACGAGGAUGAAGAGGGCGAGCUUGAUUUCGCCGGCCUUGAUGAGAGCGCCUAUAAACGAUUCUAUAAGCUGUGAGUCAAGGUUGAGUCGUAAGUCGUGAAUCGUGAAAAAUAUGGUGUUGAGCACGCAAUUGAGGUCACCUUUGCUGCCGUAGUGCUCCAGAAGAUGGACCACCGUGGUUCUGUCGGGUAGGAUGUUUGCUCUGUUCAUUCUUGUCAGAAGGGUUUGUGGGUCCACGAUUGGGAGCAGCAAAUUAAAAUGCGAAACAUGUAAUUUAUAUGGGUAGAGAGAAAGGAAGUCGAGGACGUUAUUAGCGUCAGAACAGGCCAACUUGAGUCUUAUCCAGUUGUGCGUUUCAAUUUCUGUGAGUGGGAUGCGGCUGGUCACCAUUUCCGAGUAGAACAAACGGAUCCAGUGUCGUGUUUCUGGAACCAGUUCCGUGAUGUCUUGGGCCACAGUCUGAUUAAUAACCGCAGCGAGCAGCUCAAAAUCUUCCCGGCCGAUGUGGCUGUAUUUUGGCCGAGGAAGAGACUCGUACCAAUUUUGGAUCGCUUCGAUGGGGCCAUGUUUUCCUUGUAUGUUGCCGGGCAAAGCGUGCGUGCUGCUCUCUUUCAACAGAGUUGCUCUGUCUGCCGUGAUUCGUGCAUGGUUGGUGAUCUGGUUCAGCAUCAGGGUAUGCUCGCUAAAACGCUGCAAUUGCGAGUCGUCAAGGUUCAGCUUUUUGUACCUGCGCAGAGCGUUUCCAUAUUCAUAUAUUUCUUGCUGGUAGAAGCUGGCUCUAUUGGGCUUUAUAUUCCGGAAAUAUGCGUCGUCAAAGUGCUGGAAGUAGUCGUGCAGCUGCUUCACUCGGAUCUUGUUCUGCGGCUGCGUGUGCGGCCUAAGUAGUUUGUCCAGCCAUGUAGGGGCUCUCUCUGCAGCGGGCUCAGAUCUGGCGAUCCAGUCGGGUUUCUGCAACGGUCGCAAGUUUUGGGACCAGUACUGUUUGGCCUCGGCGGUGAAAUCGUCCCAGUCACCAUCGAAGCCAUCGAAGUCGGCGUCUCGAAAAGCAUUCUUGGCGUGAUAGUCGUUAUAGGACCGUCGCGCAGAACGUUGUUUGCGCAACAGCGUCUGUU